AUGGACGACAGGCCAAUGAAGUAUCCACAUCUUCAGGGCCGGCCCAACGAAUGUGAUGAGCUGGACAGCGAGGAGGACCUGAACUACCGGGAUGCCCUUCUUUAUGCGAUCUCCAGGGGCGAGAUGCUGACACCCGGCCUUCACCUCCUGGCCCUGCGCCGUGGGACAAAGUGCCCUGUAGGCAACGCAGUGGCCCUCUUGUCCCUGGCUUUGGACAUGGUUCGCAACCGGGGAACCUACCAGGGAUCCUUGAAAGACACGCAAAACAUGGUCUACUCGCUGAUCGUCUCUGCGCAGGACACGAUCAGUGCGUGGGUGUCGUCCAAGCUAAACUGGUCACCGUUCUUCGACCUCUUUACUACCAAGUGGCCUCUAUGGGAAGUGCUUUCCCAGCUGGCCUGUGUAGACACAACCCGGCCGUGUGUCACCCGAUCUGCGCUGCAAUGCUACGACUUCAUCCAUCGCAGAGACGUGCCGUGCCCGCAUCGCCAUCCAGUCUUCCGGAGCAUCUUUGUUGGCUGUGGCGAGCACGACAUCUGUACUUGGCCUGAUUUCAGCACCAUGGAGCGGGAAACUUGGUGCGUGCCACACGGCCAGCGGCCUCCUGAUCCGUUGAGGCCCUGGAUGGCCGAGCUCAGCCACGACAUGGAAGAGCGGGUUUGCAGCCAGUGCGGCCAGGACGGAGUCCUCCGAGCACUGUUCGCCCACGUGGGCUUUCGUGAAGGGACCGGUCCA